CCAACAUGUCAAAUCUUUUAUAUUUUUAAAUUUAUUGUUUUUUUUUUAAUCGUCAUAAAUAUAACGGUAUCAUAUAAAACUUUCGGAUAAAAAAAUGUAAGUACCAGUUAUAAAGAACUUAUAAUUCAAAAAACAAAGUUUUUUUUUUAUUUGAGAAGUUUGACAAGUAUAUUAAUAUAGUUAAUUAGGUUAAAUGUUCAAUUAAAAAAAAAAAUUAUUAGAAAGAAAUUUAAAAUGGCAUUUAACUGGGCAGAAGGAGAGACGAUAAAAUUAUUAAUUCUGUAUGGACAAUAUGAUUGUUUAAAAUAUCCAUUUGAUGAUAAUUUUGAUAAAAAGAUGUAUAGAUAUAAAGCAUAUAAACAUAUAGUAGAUGCCAUGAAUAUACCUUCUUUAACAAUAUAUGAUUGCAUUACAAAAAUAGAGGAUCUAAAAAAGCAAUAUUGUUAUGAAUUAUCAAAAAUUGCUGUUGCUAUAUUAUGUGGAAAAUUGUAUGAAUCCCAAACAAAAUAUUUUAAAUUAAUGCACGAUCUAUUUUUCCCAUUUGUUAACUGUGACCAAAAAGUAAAUAUUAUACAAAAUGAAGAUAAAAUUACAAAAGAUAUGGUUAAAGAUGUUUGUACAGAAAUAGAUUUAAUAGAAGAAAAAAAAGAUGAUGAAUUUGAUAUGUUUGCAAAAAGUAUAGCUUAUCAGUUACGAAAUAUUAGUUUAAAAAGUGCUAUUGAAUUAGAAAAGAAAAUACAAGAUUUGGUAACAGAAGAACGUCUAAGUAAUAUUAAACGUUCUCUUUCUAGUGACAACAUAAUUUGCUGUUGUAGUUGUAGUAAUUGUGUAGAAAUUCGUCAAAAGAAUGGUUUUGAAUUACAGGUAACCACUAGUAAUCAAGUAUUCAAAACCAAACAAAAAUAACGCUUAUUUGUGAAAGAGUCAUUUCUUAUAAAUAAAUAGAAAAAUAUAAACUUAUAAAAAUA